CGAAAAUUAAACCCAAAUUAAACGUGAACGCCCCUGUAGCUGGUAGAUUGUAAACUGAUAUUCCAUCAUUUCUUAUUCUCCGGCCAAUUAUCCCAAUACUAAAUUUUAAUAUUCAUAAAAUCCGGUAAUUGCCUCCGCCACAGCCAACGGCAUGUGCGGCCGCGAUCCCAUUUAAAGCAAUCAAGAUCGUAGCCGACACGUUCGUCGUUUAACCUUUUCACGACUAUUUAGAACUCCCCUCACCGUAAAUAGCCGCUCGUCAAUUUUUCUAUACUGAAAACCAAAUUGUUAGAUCAAUGGCAACCAAUGCUAAUUCAAGUCCUAAUAAUACCGCUACUCACAAUGCCAUUGUCAAACCUGUGCUGUUACCGGAGAUUGGACCCGAUGGCAUUGCCAGAGAAUCACCUGUCAUUGCUUACACUGAAAGGAUAAUUGAAGAAGAACAGCUUCAAUUGAGAAAAUAUAUUGAUGAAAAUUAUUCCAAGAUCCGUGAUGUUGAAAGGGAACUCAUGAACCUGAAUAUGGAGAUGAAGCUUACUGCUGGGCCAAAAAAAGCAGCACUUGAACUCAUGAGAAAGAAAAUAGAAACAUCAACAGAGAGAAUCCGUGUUGCUAAGCUGAGGGAAGAGCAAGCACGAAAGGCUUGGGAAGCAGCAUCACAGGCUGUUAAAGACGAGGAGGCGAUUAAACAAAAGCUUUGUGAGGAUUUGAAUAGCCUGGUUCUGGAAAGUAGUAACAGUCAGCUUGCUAGAUUGGAGGAAUUGAAAAGACGGCUGGAAGCUAUGAAUCCAAGUAGAGCAUCCACGGCCUCCGCCCCUGAUCAAAAUCCUGUGGGACCUGUACAAAGCAGUAUGACUCAAGAUGUUUCCUCAGUUAAGGAUACACAAGAACCGUCAAGCGGAUCAUCUGGAAAUACAUCGAAAGAAGGAAAUGAUAGAAGCAGUGGAGCAGAAAAUGGACAAAACCAAUUGCCUUCUCUUGGUGAAGCAAGAGGUAAGAAGAAAAUCAACCUCCAAGGAAGAGGAAAGGGUAUUGGCAUAGUGCCUAAAGGUAGGGGUUCAACAGCACCUGGUUGGACUGGAGCUGGGUUUGAUGUGGAUGGUAGAAAUUGAUAGCAGGUUUUCUCAAUGUUUAAGUUCAUUGGAAUAAGAGACUUGCUGAUUUUUAAUGAGGUAGAUAGUCCACUCCAAGCUAUUAAAAUUCUUUACUCUCUUCUAUUAUUCCAUGUAUGUGAAAUAUCAUUUGUGAAAUUCAAUGACUUGUGAAUACAUUGAAAUAUGUAGUUCCUGAAUCUUUCUCGUGUAAAUUGAUUUUAGUUUUUGUCAACCUAGUUCAGCAGUGUACUUUAUAUGUCCUCCAAAUUGAUUCAAGAGAGAGAGAACCCAAGGAGUGUAUGUUGUAAUGAUACGACUUGCUGCUGUUUUAAAGAGGUGGAGGGGAAGGAAGGAGGAAUUUAUUUCUGAAGAAUUAUGCACCUUGCGCUUGCUUUGGGAUAAUCUUGUUUGGUUAGUGUGAGAGAGAUGCUGCCUUUUAGUUAUAAGAGGUAUCACUCACACUUAGGGUGAUAAUUGUCCUUUC